AUGUUCAAACGACCGGCUUGUUUACAAGGCCGGAGGCCUGAUGGUGGCCGCGAUGACUGGGCCAACUUUCCUAUCCGUCAACUCUUCGUUCUAGCUCUGGUGCGCAUCUGCGAGCCAAUCGCCUUCAUGUCGAUUUUCCCUUAUGUGUAUCACAUGGUCGAAGAGUUCCACGUGACCGACAAUGAGACCAAGAUUGCUCUCUACGCCGGCAUGAUUACUUCCUCCUUCACCUUUGCAGAAUUCUCCGCGGGCAUGUUUUGGGGUCGCAUGAGUGACAAGAUUGGCCGGAAGCCGGUGCUGGUCAUGGGCCUGAUUGGAACCGCCAUCAGCAUGAUUGUAUUCGGAUUUGCUCCCAACCUCGCGACGGCCAUGGUUGCUCGAGCGCUGGGAGGUCUGCUCAACGGAAACAUCGGAGUGCUUCAGACGACAGUUGCGGAGAUCGUGACGGUCAAGGAGCAUCAGCCACGGGCUUACUCCAUCAUGCCAUUCGUCUGGUGCUUAGGGUCGAUUAUCGGACCCGCUAUGGGUGGUGCGUUGGCACAGCCCUGCGACAAUUAUCCCUGGCUCUUCCAGCGCAGUAGCAUCUUUGCGCGGUUCCCUUUCCUGCUGCCCAACCUCGUCUGCGUUGUCAUCCUCGCCUUUGGCAUCGUCGUUGGCUUCCUCUUCCUGGAGGAGACCCAUCCGGAGAAGAAGUUUCGUCGUGACCCCGGAAAGGAGUUGGGCCAGUGGAUGAUUCGCAAAUUCUGGGGAUCGCGCGUGCAGCUUACCGAGGUCACGGACGCCAACAAGGACGCUGAAGACGCAAGCUACUUUGGCUACGAUGAUGUGCCGCCGCCAGAAUAUCGCAGCAACGAAUCUUCCCCGCGUUUGGGCCCAGUUAAAGAGAAGGACAGCCUGUCUCAAAAUGACGACAUUGAGGGACAGCUCAAGUCCAAAUGUGGAACUCCCAAGGCUUUCACCAAGCAAGUCAUUUUCAACAUCAUCGCCUACGGAAUUCUUGCAUACCACAGUGUCUCCUUCGAUCAAUUGAUGCCCAUUUUCCUCAGCACUCCCAAGUCCGACGGAGAUGUCGUUCUACCCUUCAAGUUCACCGGAGGUCUCGGAUUGCCUACCAAGACGAUCGGUUUCAUGCUCGCCGUACAGGGUGUCUAUUCCAUGAUCGCCCAGCUCUGGUUGUUCCCCUUUGUUGUUCGACACUUUGGCACUCUACGAACCUUCCGCUUCGUCCUUCUCGUUUGGCCACCCCUGUAUCUGGUCGUUCCGUACCUCAUCAUGCUUCCGACCCAACUGCAAACCAUCGCCGUCUACGUCGCCUUGAUCAGCAAAAUCACUCUGCACGUCAUCGCUUUCCCCGCCACCGCUAUCCUCCUCGCAAAUGCCGCCCCCUCCUCGAAAGUCCUGGGAUCCAUCAACGGUGCCGCUGCAUCUACCGCCAGCUUGAGUCGCGCCCUCGGCCCAACUGUCACCGGACUGCUUCAUUCCCGCGGCCUCGAAAGCGGACACUCGAUCCUGGCAUGGUGGGCAUGCGGUAUUGUCUGCAUCCUCGGCGCCAUUGAGAGUUUCUGGAUGGAGGAAUCAGACCCCAAGCGGGAAACUGAGGAGAAGGUCGGACAUGACGAGUCGAGCGCGGACAGGGAUCAAAUCCAAGGUGCAUUUUCCGCCAGCAAAGAAACUGGCAAUCCCCAAGAACAGCGGCGGUUGCUUUCUUCCACCCGGACGAGCGUCGAUGAUGAAUUCGACAUUGCCAACUUGGAAUUGACCCCGAAACCCGAACGUGAUUAA